CAGAAAUCACUAUAGAGUCAACAAAACAUGUAACCAUUUAGGGUAUAUAAAUAACAAUAACAAACUGAUACCUUCUACUUAUCAUUUGAUAUUACUGAUUUAUUGAAUCAUUCAUGAAUCAUAGAAACAUUUGGAUCAUUAUCUUUAUUAGUUUACAAUUAUUAUCAUUAAAACGUAUAAAAUCUGAAGAGAAUAGCAACAACAACAAUGGAAGUACUGAACAAAAUGGAGACCAUCAUGAUAGUUCUCCUUAUCCAGUAGUAUUCCAUGGAAACUCGACUGAUGAUGAACUUUAUGAAUAUGAACUUUUGAAUCAAGCAUCUAAUGAAAUGAAAGAAGAACUACGUAAAGAACUUGAACAAUUUCAACAAAUAUUAGAUGAAUUAACUAGAAAAUUAAGAUCAAUUCCCAAUUCAGCAAAUACAUAUAUGAUGAAUAUAUUAUUCAUGAGUAUUUGUAUCAUUUCAUUGAAUCUAUUUAUUUAUGUAUAAAUAUAAAACUACUUAUUAUGAUGAUUAUAAGUAGUUUAUGUUUGCUUUGUUGUAAUAUUGAAUAUAAUUUAUUAGCAAAGUUAUGAUUAUAAUGCAUAAUGUGAUUUUCUUUUAUUAUAAUGGAUAAAAUGAUUGUAAUUUCAAUAAAAUCAUGAUUUUUCCCCACCCUUAAAUAAUUGUAUUUUUAUACUACUUAAAUACUUAAUAAUAAGUAGUUAAAAUAUUGUUUUCUAAUUUUGUUUUUUUGGGGGGGGAAUUAUAUGACUUAGCUCUUAUUCAUUUCUAUUUAUAAAACAUAAUUAUCAGUAGAGGGGUUGUGGUGAUUGUUAAGUUUUUGAUUGAGAUCAUGAAUCGAUUGAUGUAAGACCACCAUUCGUGGAUUGGUUGACGUUAGACAUUAACAACAUUGGAUACCGGUUCAGUGGUUCAGUAGGUUAAGCGUUCGCGCGCGAGUCUGAAGGCCCUGGGUUCUAAUUCCACGAGCGUGAUCGUGGAUGCGCACUAUUGAGGAGUCCCACAAUAGGACAAAAUGGCCGUCCAGUGCUUUCAGGUUUUCAAUGAUGGUCUAACAUCAAUCGGUUCAUCAUCUCAAUCAAAAACUUAAUUAGUUAAAUUGAAAUAAGUUGUUUAGAUCCUUUGAAGUAUAUCGUCUGUC